UGCUUAAACCUGUUGAAUAUUCAACUGAUGCGCCAGUAAUCGAUAUAUGAACGAUAUAAUUAUGUGAACUAGUUCCGCAGAAAAAUACUCGAAUCUUGCAACACGUGUGUUCCUCGGCCAUUUUCCUUAACCUGGCACCGCGUGCAAACGUCUUUCGGACAUCGCUUGUGCUUAAGUGUUAAAUAAAAUCCAAAUAAAGAUGACUGACGUUGACUCGCGAAAGAAAAAAAAGAAAAUCAAGGAGGAGCCGCUCGAUGGCGAAGAUCUUGGCACUCUGCAAAAGCAGAACCAAUUCCAAAUAAAACCCUCCUCGAAGAUCGCCGAACUGGAAACAUCGCAAUGGCCACUGUUGCUCAAGAACUUUGAUAAGCUGAACAUACGCUCGAAUCAUUAUACUCCGCUGGCGCAUGGCUCUUCGCCGCUCAAUCGCGACAUUAAGGAGUACAUUAAAACUGGCUUCAUCAAUCUGGACAAGCCUUCGAAUCCCAGUUCGCACGAGGUGGUCGCCUGGAUCAAAAAGAUAUUGAAAGUGGAGAAAACAGGCCAUUCCGGCACAUUGGAUCCCAAGGUUACCGGCUGCUUGAUUGUCUGCAUUGACCGUGCCACGCGUCUCGUCAAGUCGCAACAGAGCGCCGGCAAGGAGUAUGUGGCGAUUUUCAAGCUGCAUGGCGCCGUUGAAUCGGUGGCCAAAGUGCGUCAGGGUCUCGAGAAGCUGCGUGGUGCGCUCUUCCAGCGUCCGCCUCUCAUCUCCGCCGUAAAGCGACAGCUUCGUGUGCGCACCGUCUACGAUAGUAAAUUGCUGGACUACGACGAGACUCGUAAUAUGGGUGUUUUUUGGGUUAGCUGCGAAGCCGGUUCCUACAUACGUACCAUGUGCGUCCAUUUGGGUCUAGUCCUUGGCGUCGGUGGCCAAAUGUUAGAACUGCGUCGCGUUCGUUCCGGCAUCCAGUCGGAACGCGAUGGCAUGGUCACAAUGCACGAUGUCCUCGAUGCCAUGUGGCUCUAUGAGAAUCACAAGGACGAGUCCAUGCUGCGUCGUGUCAUCAAGCCGCUGGAGGGUCUCCUCAUCAACCACAAGCGCAUCAUCAUGAAGGACAGUUCCGUGAAUGCCGUUUGUUAUGGUGCCAAAAUAAUGUUGCCUGGCGUCCUGCGCUAUGAGGAUGGCAUUGAAAUCGAGCAAGAGAUUGUCAUCUGCACCACAAAGGGCGAGGCGAUUUGUUUGGCUAUCGCCUUAAUGACGACGGCGACGAUGUCGUCGUGCGAUCAUGGAGUUGUUGCCAAGAUCAAGCGUGUGAUUAUGGAGCGUGACAUAUACCCGCGCAAAUGGGGAUUGGGUCCCAAGGCGUCGGCUAAGAAGGCGCUUAUCGCUGCCGGCAAGCUGGACAAGUUUGGCAGGCCCAAUGAGAAUACACCCAAGGAGUGGCUAACUGGCUUUGUGGACUACAAUGCCAAGAAGCCAGCAGCGCAACAACAAAAAGAAUCACCCACAAACGGCAACGAAGCCAGCAAGCGCAAGCUGAGCACCUCCAGUGUAGAGGAAUCGGCAGUUGAACCCGCGCCCGUCACCUCCGAGAAGAAGAAAAAGAAGAAGAAGCACAAGGGCGAAGAGGAGGCGCCAGUUGAGGAGGACGAAACAACUAGAUCAUCGGCCGAAGUGCCCGUAGAGAAAGAGAAGAAGAAAAAGAAGAAGAAGGACAAAGAUAGGGAUAGAGAUGAGGCUCAGGAAUAGAAUAUUUUCUGUAUCACUACUAGUAGACACUUAGGCUUUGAUGUCCUCCACUAUUUUGAGAGCAUUUUUUAUAUAUAUUAAGUUUAAAAGUUGUAGACAGCGACUUGUUUAAAUUGAGCUGUACAAAUGCAAAUUUUCAAUGCAUUUACAAGAAGUGACAUUCGCAAUGCAAUAAAUUGUAUAAUUUUAUUGUAAA